AUGGCCAACUCCAAGCCAGCAUACAAAGUCGCCGAUAUCAAGCUCGCCGAGUUCGGACGCAAAGAAAUCACUCUUGCCGAGAAUGAAAUGCCGGGACUCAUGGCUAUGCGUGCCAAAUACGGACCAUCUCAACCACUCAAGGGAGCCAGAAUUGCUGGAUGUCUCCACAUGACCAUCCAAACCGCUGUUCUUAUCGAGACCCUUACUGCUCUCGGAGCUCAGGUUAGUUCUAACAAUAAACAUAGAGGUUAUCACUUUUUCGAGAGAGAGAGUGUAGCAAAUUUUCAAGGCCAGUCUUAUCUUUUGCACUUAUCUUUGAAAUUUCGUAGAAAUUUGAAGAUUCAUUGAUAAGAUUGGACAUAAAAUGGGAUAAUUUUUUGGUCUAAUGUAUUAAGUGAUUUCUGCAAUUUCGAACCUUUGAUUUUUAGGUCCAAUGGUCUUCAUGCAACAUCUUCUCCACCCAAGAUCACGCUGCUGCCGCUAUCGCCGCCACCGGUGUUCCAGUUUAUGCCUGGAAAGGAGAGACCGAUGAGGAAUACGAAUGGUGCAUUGAGCAAACCAUCGUUUUCGCUGAUGGUCAACCAUUGAACAUGAUCCUUGAUGAUGGAGGUGAUUUGACCAACAUUGUUCACGCCAAAUACCAACAAUACAUUCCUGGAAUCCGCGGACUCUCAGAGGAAACCACCACUGGAGUUCACAAUUUGGCCAAGAUGUUGGCUAAGGGAGAUCUUAAGAUCCCAGCAAUCAAUGUCAACGACUCGGUCACCAAAUCCAAAUUCGACAACUUGUACGGAAUCCGCGAGUCACUUCCAGACGGUAUCAAGAGAGCCACUGAUGUUAUGUUGGCCGGAAAGGUCUCAGUUGUUGCUGGAUACGGAGAUGUUGGAAAGGGAUCAGCUGCUUCAUUGAAGGCUUUCGGUUCCCGUGUUAUUGUCACUGAAAUCGAUCCAAUCAAUGCUCUUCAAGCUGCUAUGGAAGGAUACGAAGUUACCACUUUGGAAGAGGCUGCACCAAAGGCCAACAUCAUUGUUACCACAACUGGAUGCAAAGAUAUUGUCACCGGAAAACACUUCGAACUUUUGCCAAAUGACGCUAUUGUUUGUAACGUCGGACACUUCGAUUGUGAAAUUGAUGUUAAAUGGCUCAACGCCAAUGCCACCAAAAAAGACACCAUCAAGCCACAAGUAAGUUGAUCAUCAUAUUUUUUCAUUCAAUCUAAUAUGUUUAGGUCGACCGUUACACUCUUGCCAACGGACGUCACGUUAUUCUUCUUGCUGAAGGACGUCUUGUCAACCUUGGAUGUGCCACUGGACAUCCAUCAUUCGUUAUGUCCAACUCUUUCACCAACCAAGUUUUGGCUCAAGUUGAAUUGUGGACCAAAUACGGAACAGCUGAUCAAUACAAAAUUGGACUUUUCGUUUUGCCAAAAACUUUGGAUGAAGAAGUCGCUUCAUUGCAUUUGGAGAAACUCGGAGUCAAAUUGACAAAAUUGACCACCGACCAAGCCGCAUAUUUGGGAGUCCCAAUUUCUGGACCAUUCAAACCAGAAGCAUACAGAUAUUAA